AUGUGUCAGCCUCCAGUGCUUCGCGAUUGCACUGGUUGUGGUGGAUGGAGUAGAUCAAUCUUGAUUGCUCUUUCAGCAAAAAAUAAGGUUGGGUUCAUUGAUGGUACUCACAAAGAACUAGCUUCAGUUUCACCAGAAUUCAAGCUAUGGAACAGAUACAAUGAUAUGGUUCUAUCAUGGCUGCUUAACUCUCUUUCAAAAGAGAUAGCUGACAAAGGUUCAAAUGACAUUGCUGACUAUUUCACAAAGAUCAAAAUUCUUGGGGAUGAGCUUGAUGCUUUGAACAGUUUUGUCAACUACUUAUGUGACUUCCAAUGUGGAAAAGGAAAAAUACGAAAAAUGGCUAAGUCUAUUCAAGAUGAGAGAUUGAUCCAAUUUAUAAUGGGUUUGAAUAAUGUCUAUGCUGUUGGAAAGAGUAACAUACCCUCUGCGAAUCAUGAUUAUUCAAUCCUAAUGCAAGAUGAAAAUAAAAGGGAGGUGUAUAUGAGCACACACUAUUCAGGAAACUCUGCUUCUUUCUUGGCGACAAACCAGAACAACUUUGGUCAAAGGUCUAGAUAUUAUGAGUUUAAGGGAAAGAAAACCGCUGUGAUCUAUUCUCACUGUAAGAAACCUUGGCAUUUUGUGGAUAAAUGCUAUAAGAUAAUAGGUUUUCCAAGUGAUUUCAAGUUUACCAAGGCAAAGAGGUUCCAGGGAAGUGUGAAGAGCAUUGCUGCUUACAUAGAAGGAACACAAGGAUAA